GCAGCUCCAGGGCGUAUUCCAAUAUAUCGCAAAAACCCCCACCUCCUUCAGUUGGUAAUGCUCAAUCACAUUCUCCGUAGCCGCUCGGCCGAUCGAGUCUGGUGCAUCUGGUCCAGAGCUCGGGUUAUCGAGCUUGAUGCCCGUUUCACGUCGCAUUUACCCGAUGGAGAACGAGCAGUUGUACAGCUAUUGAUGUUCAGGGCGAUGCGGCUGACGUAACUAACCGUUCCGUUAUCGUCCAACUAAUCUUUCGUCUCUUUUAUCCCUUGUCACUAGGUGGCGAGUGGUCCAUGUGUUUUGAACAUGCUCUCUAUAGUCUCUAAAAAGUUUUUAUUGGUCUGAAGUCGUUUGUUAUGCUGGCUUAUGCAACUCGCUAGCCCCUGUCCAGUCCUUGCUUCUACUUCCCACGCUCUGCUGCUAGUCUGGUCCGUGUAUUGCCCGUACAGUGUAUGGGGCAAGCCCUGGCUUCCUCGCUUUCGCGU